AUGGUGCGAGAGAGGUUGAAUGCCGUUGACGUGGCGGCGGUUGUCGGCAACCUCCAAAAACAGAUACUGGACUACAACCUGGUGAACAUAUAUGAUGUAACCAGCCGUAUCUAUGUGCUCAAGCUCUCUAAAAAUCAGGACAAAAAGUUUGUUCUAUUCGAAAUAGGACACCGCAUCCACACUACCCAGUUUCUGCGUAGUACCGACCAUUUGCCAUCAAACUUCAACGUCAAGCUGCGGAAACAUCUUCGCAUGAGGAAGUUGAGAGGUAUCAAUCAAAUAGCUCAGGAUAGGGUUGUGGAUUUCACCUUCAGUUCUGGAGAAUAUGCCUAUCAUCUGAUAGUACAAUUGUUCCUACCCGGUAAUGUAUACUUGACCGAUUACACCUACAAGGUAUUAACCGUACUGAGACCGCAGAAUGCCGGGGAUGCAUUUUUCAGGGUCGGAGAGACAUACAUGAUCCCCGAGACUAGUGUACCUUGGGGUGUGCGAGUAUCACAAUCCAUUAUUGAUGAGGCACUGGAUAUAAUGCAAUCAUCGUCGAGUACCACGACUACCAGUUUGCCUGACACGGAAGUGGCUGAUGAAAAAACGUCCAACAAUGGGCCGAAAGGCACAAAACAAAAUCCCAGUGGAGGAAAGGGCAAUAGUAAAAGUAAAGGCCAAGAUGCAAACAGUAAUGAUACGGAAAAGGAUACCUUGGAGACAGCAGAUGAUAUGAAAGAAAAUAGUUUACACCUGCUCCUCAAAAUCAUAUUCCCAAGCGUACACAUCAAACUGAUAGACCAUGUACUAAGGAACCUAACCGAUGAUGCGCAUUUGGGUCUGCGAAACGUGGACACCAUGGAUAUGUCAGAGAUAUCAGAAGCAGUGGAAGCUAUGAGGAAAACUGUGGAGUCCGUAUCACAUGCCAAAGGUAUAGUACCAGGUUAUCUUCACAAAGGUGGCCAAGAAUAUGAUGAUUUUAUUCCAGUUGACCUUGGAUCUGGCUGGGAGAGAUUUGAUGACUUCAACGAUGCUUUGGAUGCCUAUUUCACCAAAUUUGAAAUGAAGAAAAUAGAGAAAAAAGAACAACCAAAGAAACCUAUUAAACUACAAAAAAUUAAAGAUGAUCAAAACCGUCGUGAAAUAAUGCGACAGAAGGAAGUCGAAAAGUUGACUAAUGACAUCGAGAUGGUUGAAAGUAAUCGUGCAGUUUUUGACACUGUUUUAGAUCUUUUGCGUACAUUAGUAGCAACAGGUGCUUCUUGGCAAGAGAUCAGGGACCAGCUAGCAAACCAGCGUAGUAGUGGCCAUAUAUUGGCGCAACAUAUACGGUCUGUAAACAUACCAGAACGCCGUGUUGAUGUGUGUUUGCCCUCCGAUGACCCGUCAUUUUAUAAUUCGGGGCCUCAGCCUCAGGGCAAAAGUAACAAGAAGAACUCCAAAAAGAAUACUCCAGCGUCUGAUUUGUGUGAUAAUUCUACUGUAACACUAGAUUAUGGACUGACAUGCUUCCAAAAUUUAGAAGUCAUGUAUGAGAAGAAGAAACGUGUUGCUGAGAAACUAGAGCGAACUCGUGCUGGUCAUGAGUUUGCACUAAAACGUGUAAACAAAGAAAAGGAGAAAGGUGGCCAGAAAAAAGUUGGGAAGUCAGUGUCGCUUGUUAAAGUUCGUAAACGUAUGUGGUUUGAAAAAUUCCAUUGGUUUAUUACUAGUGAUGGAUACCUUGUUUUGGGUGGUCGUGAUGCAGCCCAAAAUGAAUUAUUGGUUAAAAGGUACCUUACAAAAGGUGAUUUGUAUUUCCAUGCUGAUGUCCAUGGUGCUUCAAGUUGUAUUCUAAAGAACCCCAAAGAAACAGCCGAAUCACAUAACAAUUCUAUAGAGGAGGCGGCUUGUUUUGCCAUAUGUCUGAGUUCAGCAUGGAACCAGAAGAUGGUGGUACCUGCAUGGUGGGUACACCACCAUCAGGUUUCACGGUCAGCACCCACUGGAGAGUAUCUCCCUCACGGUAGUUUUAUGAUCCGUGGUAAGAAGAACUAUGUGCAGCCUCAAAGGCUUGAGAUGGCUAUAGGCGUGGUUUUCCACGUCGACGUGCCACAAUUGGAAGUUGAAAUGCUCAAUCACGUUGAGGACCAAGAUGACGUCACACAAUCAGCAACAGAAGUGCAAAAGGAUUCAGUAUCCUUUGUGGAUGUUGAUGAACACGAUAGCCGUGCAUCAAGGACCGAUUCUGGUGAUACUACCCCCUCAGUAGCUAGUAUCGUUCUGUCAUUUAGUGUUGGCAGCGAAGCUGAGAGUGAUUUUAUGGAACAGAAACCAGCGGUUGUUGGUUUUCAUGAACUUGUCAAUGCAGGCGAUCAGCCUACUGAAGAGGCUAAGGAGAUUCCGCAAAAACCUAAAGGUGUGGGUUUCAUGCUCUCUGCUGAUUCUGAAUCCGAAAGUGAGCCCAGACGUGUGGUUGCAUUUAACUUGGAUAAUUUACCUGAAAAAACGCAACACACUCCAAUCCGUCGAAAGGCCACUGGCUAUCCAUGUCGCGGGUUUGAUCCUGAUGACCUUGUAGGGAAACUAUCGGAGCUUGGAUUAAUUGAUACCGACACACCCAAUAUUGAACCAGGUCACGUGCGUUUUAUAGAGGCCGAAAAACCGGAGCAUUCACCUGAGUCAGUGGCUCGCCUAAGGCAGCGGAUGCCGACAGGUUUUCAUGGUUCUACAAAGAAGCAAAAGCCUGCUUCAAAGGUGGCACGUAUGAAAACAGCUCGGGCUAAAAAGAAGUACGAUGAGGAGGAUGAGGAAAUUCUAGAGCUCCGAUGUAAACUUACAGGAUCAAAAUUACCCCAACUCGAAGAGAAGCGGGGAUCUAUUGAUGUUAAGCGAGAGUCUUCUGUUACGCAGGCUAAGCCUGUGUUUCAACGUCAGGCUAUAAAACCGCUGGACGAUCAGGAGCUAUCGUCACAUAUGAAUCAGCUGCGCAUGCUUACUAAAGAGCCAGGUGACGGAGAUGUGAUUAUUGGCGCUGUACCAAUGUGUGCCCCGUAUAGCGCGCUGAAGACUCAUCCUUACCACUUGAAGCUCGUGCCUGGUAACUUUAAAAAGGGUGUCAUUGCGGCACAGGCAUUAAAGCACUUCCUUAAGGUUGAUGAGGCUAAGGCCGAAUUUGUCAAGCUUAUCACCACCGACCAGUUUGCACUUACCCUGAUAGAGAACUGCAAGGUGCCUGGCGGCCCCGCAAACCCUAAAAAGCCGUGA